GAUCAAAAGGACAGAGUGUUCUAUUUUAAUACCCUUUCCUAUAUUGUAAUAUAGGGAACAAGGACAGGCCAAGCUUCUCAAAAUUCUCCGGGAAUCAAAGGGUUAUAAGCAGCUAUUUAUUGAAGCCUGUUUACAGUCCAGUUAAUCAGUAAACCAGAAUCAGUGAAACUACCCAAUCUGAAGAAGUGCAAAAACCUUUCAAAAGGUUUUCAUGGAUUAGGAGAGGCAGAGAAAUGGGGGAGGGGAGAUGAGUGCCUAUUCCAGAGCUACAUAAAUAACUUCUGGCUUUGGAGGGACAGUUCUGAACUUUCUUCCCAGGCACUGUCACACUGGUGUUUACUGGCGGGAAACUAGGAAAAGCUGGUUCUUGGCCCUUGGAUUUUGACUGGUUACUGGGAGAAGCGGGGCCCAUUUUAGUGGGUCUCUGAAAAAGCCCAGCAAGAUGUCAGACCUGGUCUCAAUUUUCCUCCAGCUCCUUCUCUUCAAGUUGGUUGCCCCGGUGACCUUUCGCCACCACCGCUAUGAUGACCUCGUGCGGACGCUGUACAAGGUGCACAAUGAAUGUCCCCAUGUCACGCGGGUUUACAGCAUUGGGCGCAGUGUGAAGGGAAGACACCUCUACGUGCUGGAAUUCAGUGACUACCCUGGAAUCCACGAGCCCUUGGAACCGGAAGUCAAGUAUGUGGGGAACAUGCACGGCAACGAGGUGCUGGGCCGCGAGCUGCUGCUGCAGCUGUCGGAGUUUCUGUGCGAGGAGUUCCGCAACAGGAACCAGCGCAUCGUCCGGCUGGUGGAGGGCACGCGCAUUCACAUCCUGCCGUCCAUGAACCCCGACGGCUACGAGGUGGCCGCCGCCGCCCAGGACAGGGACAUUUCUGGGUAUCUGGUUGGCAGGAACAAUGCAAACGGAGUGGACCUGAACCGCAACUUCCCUGAUCUCAAUACCUACAUCUACUACAAUGAGAAGAACGGAGGCCCCAACCACCACUUACCCCUUCCAGACAACUGGAAAAAUCAGGUGGAACCCGAGACCCAGGCAGUGAUCCAGUGGAUCCGCUCCUUCAACUUUGUCCUUUCAGCCAAUCUCCAUGGAGGGGCAGUGGUGGCCAAUUACCCAUAUGACAAGUCCCUUGAGCACCGGGUCCGAGGUUUCCGCCGCACUGCCAACACCCCCACGCCUGAUGACACACUUUUUCAGAAGCUGGCCAAGGUCUACUCCUAUGCACAUGGAUGGAUGCACCAAGGUUGGAACUGUGGGGAUUACUUCUCAGAUGGCAUCACCAAUGGGGCUUCCUGGUAUUCUCUCAGCAAGGGAAUGCAAGACUUUAAUUACCUCCAUACCAACUGUUUUGAGAUCACGCUGGAACUGAGUUGUGACAAGUUUCCGCGGCAAGAGGAAUUACAGCGCGAGUGGCUGAGUAAUCGGGAAGCCCUAAUUCAAUUCUUGGAACAGGUACACCAAGGCAUCAAGGGAAUGGUGCGCGAUGAGAAUUAUAAUAAUCUUGCGGACGCUGUCAUUUCUGUCAGUGGGAUUAACCAUGAUGUCACUUCAGGUGACCAUGGAGAUUACUUCCGGCUGCUGCUUCCAGGUACCUACACUGUCACUGCCACAGCACCCAGGUUUGACCCAGAGACAGUGAGUGUGACCGUGGGUCCUGGGGAACCCAAACUGGUUAAUUUCCAACUCAAGAGAAGCACCCCUCCAGCAGCCCCUAAGAGGAGAGGCCCCAACUCAGGGCAUAGAGGCAGAGUCUUACCAAAGAAAGUACAGCCCCGGGCAGCUAGGAAAAAAGAGAUGAUGGUGAAACAGUCCCAGAGAGUCCCUGCCUGAAAUCCACAGUCCCCGGGGCAACACUUUAGAAAGGCUUUGUUCCCACUCUCACACCAGAUGAAGCAUUCUUUCUAUUUUAUUAUCUGAGACAUAUUUAAAUAUAAACAUAUUCAGAACAA